AUGAAUCAAAUAUCACCUAUCUGCCAACAACACUGGUUUUACAAACUUGUAAAUCAACGGUAUGGGAAAGCAUUGCAAAGUUUCUACUCCUAUAUGGGUUCUAUUCUCAUCAACAAGAGAGCAUGUGGAAUGUGUUCAUACAAACAGAGUUGUGGAUACGGUGGUGUGAAGAAAUGCAACCUUAGUCCAUUCGAGAUACGCGGUGGACGGCCAUUCCUCCCAUUUUAUGUAUCCGAACGGAUAUGCAAACAAGAGGAUCUUUUAGGCGUAGAUCAAAUGGACAGCUGUCAAGUAAACUACAAUAAACUGUCGGCAAGUUUCGAGAUUAAUGAAAAUCGAAAGCGGGAAAUACAGCUUAAUGGUGGAGAAUGCAAAUUAUGGCCAACUGGUGAGGUUGAUCUUAGUCAAGUUGAAUCAGUUUUCCAAAGAGAAAUACGAUCGCUGAAGUGGAUAAAUAGAUUGAAGAGACGUAAACAUGAGAAAGUGUGUCGCUGUUGCUGUUUCCCGUUCCGGCCAAACCCUAAAACUUAUCGAUGUGAGCAUAUUCCGAACGCUCCAAUAGCACCAGGAUUGGAAAUGAAUUAA